GCGAGCCUGGGCGGGAGGGCGGAGCCCGAAGCAGGGAGUGCAGCUGCGGGUGUGUGGAGACCCUAGGAGCGGUAGAGCCGGCGCUCAGAGCCGCGCGGCCAGAGCUGACGGCCGAGACAAAGGCGACGAAUGUCUCCAUCAUUGAAUGAUGUUUGACUCCUUCAGAAGUUCAAAUUAAUGUUCUGCAAAGUCCAUCUCCAUCAUUACAAGAUAAGGCCAGUUUUGAGUGAAACGGGGAAACUAAGAAGAAAUCUUCAGGGACAACUUCUACUGCUACUGAGUCUGCAGAGUCACCUGUGUGUGUCUUAUGGAAUAGUCUGCACUCAGAGAUAACUGAACCUGCUCCAGGCUCUGGAUCAAAGUGGUUCUUUUCCUCCCCACUGACUUGGAACUGGAAACAGAAAAGAAGCAAUCAUACUUUCCUUUUAAUCGACCCGAGACUCCAAGGAUAGACACCCAGUGAAAUAAAAUUAUUUUGACGGCCAUUCCUCACUUUGAGGGUAGACGCUGUGGAGCUCCCUGCCUGGAGCCUUGGAGCCUUGGUGGUGCUUGCUCAGGCCUUGGAGUGAAAGCAUGAGUGAAUUCUGGUUGUGUUUCAACUGCUGUAUUGCAGAGCAGCCUCAGCCUAAAAGGCGACGACGGAUUGACCGGAGUAUGAUUGGAGAGCCAACCAACUUUGUGCACACGGCUCAUGUAGGAUCCGGAGACCUGUUUAGUGGGAUGAACUCAGUCAGCUCCAUUCAGAACCAAAUGCAGUCCAAAGGAGGCUAUGGAGGCGGCAUGGCCGCCAGCGUGCAGAUGCAGCUCGUGGACACGAAAGCAGGAUAGCCCUGGUCCCAUCACCUGUCAGAAUUUCUGUAUUUUCUCUGUCCACAGUUCUAUAAUAUUUUUGUCUUGUGAUUGGAUUUCUUUUAUUUUAAUUAUAAAAAGAAGUGUGGCGGCAACCUGUUCACCCCUGUGAUCUCCAGCAAGACGUUCCUGCUCCGAGGAAGGCAGCGUCAGUCCAACCUGCCUUGUCGUCAGCGGCAUGCAUGCCUGGGACUCUGACAGAGUUCUUUGGAAGUAGCUGAAUUUCCAAUGUCUAAUCCACAUAGAUCGGAUCGUAGCAUGGUCUUCUUGUGACUGCUAGCACUGUUUUGUCAUUUUGCAUUUUAACCCUUUCAUCGCGCCUCCAGCCACUCUGCCUUAUGAUUUUACAGGAGACUGUGGUUCCUGCCACCGAUUAUGUCUCUUCUGAAGGUGUGAGACCCACAAGCACAACAGUCCUUUUCAUCUGUUGGAAACUUGAGCGCAUGUCUGCACGCUCCAUGGUGCUGCCCAGAGGCCCCCACAGGAGGCCAGACACUGGCCUGAGGAUGCUGCUCUCCUGGAGGACGCUCUUUGCAGAUAAUCAGAGUUGGGGCUUGGUUUGAUCAGAGCAGUGACAGAAAGCCUGCAUUCCAGAGGCAGUCUUGUGGCUGUAAAUGUUCAGUGUAUUUAUUUUGCAAGUAAGGACCUGUGAUUGUGAGCAGAUGGUCAUGUAUCUGAGUGUGUGGUGAAGCCCAUCCAGUUCCUCAGCGUCGUCGUCCUGUUAGCUCUUCACUCUUUGUGCGCUGUCUUUCUGUUUUGUUUAAAUUCUGGCCUCAGCACCAGAUUUGACUUGCAGAGCCCUUGGCCUUCCAGUGUUCCACUUACUAGGAGGCCGUGGCAGCUUCCAACAGCAACCCGACAGGGAGCGGCCCUCGCGGUGACUUUCUGUGGUUAGCAAGAGGCCUUUGCUCAGGUCCUGCUCUGUUCCUCUUCCCCUCUGAGUGUAGGUGGCUGGGUCCUGUAGUCCAGCUUCUCCAACUGCCUUUGAGGCUUAGCAUUCGUCUGGAAGGUGAGCUUAACUGAAGUUAGUGCUGAAGGCAGUGUGGCCCUCGUCUAGAGAAACUGUGAUCAUUCUGUCUUCUGCCUUCGUCUGUCUCUGUCCAACACUGCUGCUGUCCUGAGAAUGCUGACUGCAGAGCCAGUAGGCCAGCGCUGGCAAAGCUGAAAGAUUUUCCUACAUUUCCUCUGGACUUAAUUUACCAGUAGGGUGGAACACUGGAUGACCUGGUUCUUUGAUUUUGCAAUUUUACCGUUCAUAGGUGUCAAUCCUGAGCACAUGUCAAGAAACAUUUAAUUCACUGUCUUUAAUUCACCAUGUGGACGUUGCACUCUUGAGUUUGCCAUUCUGCUUAGCCAGGGUGAGGUUCCUGCCAAGGCCUAGCUGUGUGCAAACUCUUUCUGUAUGACAGACAGGGAUUUCUUGGCAUCUUCAGCACUGAUGGAUGGGACAGCACAGGGAGCCAUUGUCCCCUCCCCCAUCACUCUGCUGCUCCAAGGCCAGUCAUGAAUAAGCCAAAGGCUCCUGGAGCCUGUGAUGGUCCUGCAGCUGCCUCAGUCGGACCUCUUCUCAGCACAGUGAGACACUGUACACAGUGCACCUGCCUAGUGCCCUCGAAGGUUCCAGUAAAGUCAAGAAAAUGUACACAGUAACUAACCUUGUACAUGAUGGGUUUUUUUGGGAGGCUUAAGGAUGCUGGCAAGGAUGCAGGGAGGCAAACUUCCCACCUCCCUACAUGGGAUUGUAAACCUUGGGAACUCAUUUGUUCCCUCAUAGUAACACAUCUCAUUUUUAAAUUGGAGCUAAUAGGAUUUUGUACCCAGAAUUUAUUAUAUUGUUAAUACUUCUCUGAAAUACAUGGUAACAACUAGUAAGUGAGAGACACAGCAGACUGCACCAUGCGGAUUCUGGUAGCAACAACAUGCUGGGCGCAACUUCUCCAGUGGGCCUGGGAGGUUUGUCCAUUAGCUUCCCUGUGGUUAAGUAGAGCUGUUGGUGUAGAGCGGCUUGCCUUGAUCUGCUCGGCACCGCAAGAGAAGAUGGACGUAUUUUUAUAAUAUAAGCAUACUUUUUUUGUACAUUGUGUUCAUUCUUGAAUAAAGUGAGCUCACUGUUGGCUUGUAGAUAUUAAAAAGAAAGUAUUGAUUUUGAUUCAAUAAAUGUUUUCUUUUA